AUGACAGCGAUUGCAAUGUUGCCAAUGCCUCUACGUGCAUCCAAACAAUGCGCUCGGCUAUUUACAUCCCCGCUGGUGAACACUCCCCUCUCCCAGCGAGGAUGGCAGAUGUCGGUAACAGAAGCACGCAGCUUCUCAGCGAUUACUCUGAGCAGUCGCUCAAGGAUUCAGGCAAACACAUUACGAAAGAAGGUCGGCCUUUGCGCUAUAGAGUCGCAGUUGGUACGAAGUGUUGGCCAACAGAAGCGAUACUCCGCACAAAAGCCAACAGAUCCAGACUCUUCAAGCCUCAAGAAGUCGCCAAUUCUCUCCAAGCUGCCUCGGACUCAUGAGAAUAUCUACACCGUCCCCAACAUUCUCACGUUCACCCGUCUACUUGCGGCGCCUAUGGUAGGAUACUUCCUCGUUCACGACCACCACGUAGCCGCACUGAGUCUGUUCGCAUACGCCGGUAUCACAGAUCUUGUGGACGGCUACAUCGCACGGCGGUGGAACUUGCAGACCGUUGUCGGAACGAUCAUCGACCCGAUGGCUGACAAGCUGCUCAUGACCAUUGGAGUCACCUGCCUGGCCGUGAACGGGUCCAUCCCAGUCUGGCUCGCUGUAAUCAUCCUGGGACGGGAUGUCGGACUAGCCAUUUCUGCAAUCUACUACCGAUGGAUAUCCCUGCCACCGCCCAAGACCAUGGCCCGGUACUGGGAUUUCUCACUCCCCUCGGCCGAAGUGAAGCCCACUACGGUGUCCAAGAUCAAUACGGCCCUGCAGCUGCUCCUAGUGGGUAGUGCGAUUGCGCUUCCUGUACUUCCCGAGACGGUCAUCGACGCUUGGAGCCUGAGGGAAGCAAUGACCGGAUUCCAGUACCUCGUCGCCGCAACCACCCUCUGGUCCGGCCUGAGCUAUGUCUUCUCCAGGGACGCUGUCAAAAUCCUCUCCAAGGAAGAAGUCCAGAAGCGCAUUGCCCGCGCCGCGGCGGGUAAGAAGCCUUGA